UGGAUGUAACUAAUCCAGUGAAAUUACGUUUUUAUACGGAAAUUUAUCAAAAAGAAAACAAGAAUAUUACAUUUGUGGAGACGUUUUCCCCUGUUAUUAAAACAAAACCUAUUACUGGGAAAUUUUAUUCAAUUUAUGAACCGCAAAUUGGGGAGAAUGUUCCUCUUGAAUAUGUGAAAUUGAUAGAAAAACGUACAGAGAAAACUCCGAAAGAAAUUUAUUCAUUCAGACCUCCAACUAUAAAUAUGGAGUAAGUUAUUUAUUUUAGUUAUUGUCUUAUUUAUAUUUGACUUUUAUUAUUUAAUGCUUAUAGAUAUGGAUGGUUUUCUGAAAGAUUUAUACCACUGUCAACUGAUCCUAGACUUAAUUUCCCACUGAAACAAACAGAUAUAGUGAAAAGUGAAAUCAAAAUUCGAGAAAUUGAUAAAUAUUUAGUCAAACCUAAAUUUACUGGUACUCCUUUUAAGACAAGUUAAAAUAUUUAGUCUGAAACUUUUAAAUCAUAUUUUGUAUGUUUUUAUAUCACAAUGGAACAUAAUGGUUGAGCGUAAAUUAAUCAAUUUUAUAUUAGACUUUCUUUGCGCACAAGUCUACCAUGUUAUGACCUUGUUUCUAAGCAACCAAUAUACUUCUUUGAUGUCUUAAGACAAUACGGAAGAUAGAUUGUUUCUUCAUAAUUUUUUAGAAAAAACUUUUGAAACAAAAUCACAAGAAAUAAAUUAAGUAUAAACAAAUUUUAAUGUUCAUGUAAAUAAGGUUAAAAUCAAAAGUUUGUUAUUCAAAAUGAUACCAACUGAUUUCCCGGAAAGCUCGGAAAAGACUCCACUUUCUAUCAGAGAACAAUGACAUUUAUAUUUAUAUUUUUUAUCCAUAAAACAUAAUGACAAGUAAAGGGUUUUGUGUCAAAAUUUACUUUGAUUUAAAUGUCGUUUCAUGUCCAGGAGUAUGGUUAUGUCCAAAUGGAACUGUAGCAUUGCGAAUAAAUUGUUUAGAUGCCCACAUCGAAUCGCGAAAAAUACCACCCCAAUUUCCAUUAACAUUUGAAGAUAAAUUUCUCUUUAAAAAAACAUUUACAGAUGUAGGAACGCUCUCACAACUGCAAUAUAGCUUGGAAGAUGAAAUUUUAUACGCAGAAUUAAUUCAACGGCCAUCGGAAGACUAUAAAGGAGUUAUUUUAGCAACAUUUGAAACCAAUCUAGCAGACCUUUUAUAUCCUGCUCCAUGCUUCAAGGGUCUAGUGUCUGGAAUAGAUGUUGAUUUAUUGAUGGAACCCAGUAAAUACUUUCCGGGGAUUCUAGCACCAAAAAUUGAAAUUUCAACACGUACUGUUAUUGAAGAAGUGGAACUCUGUAAUGUAGACAUGAUUGGAAUGAAAGUCAUAAGUCCAAAAUUAAUUAACUCUAGGGCUAGAUCAUGUCUCCAUAGGAAACGUCCUUCAGUAGGUAUUAUCAGGCAAAAAAGAGUAUGUCACUCUCAAACCGGGAAAAAAAUACCAUCUCAUCGGUGUGGCUGUGGACAUGAUAUCCAUACUUCUCCAGAUGAAGUCAUAGUUUCAUGUCCUUCUAAUCAACGAGCUCAUACACAUCAAUGUUAUCAUCAAAACGGCCAUGAAGAAUUAAAAUGUACAUAUUUACUGCCAUGUCAAGCAUCAAACAUGUAUUCUUCUCAACUUCGUUUUCAUGACUUUGAUGAUUGUCCAGUAUGUUCAAGAUAUAAACAUUUUUUUGCCAAAGAAACAAAGAGUAAUGCUACGUAUUCAAUACGAAGCAAUGAUGAAGGUCGAAAAGAAGGUUGUAAUGGUCGUUGCAGUAAUUGUCCUAAAACUACAAAUUCAGAUUAUACGAAAAAAUUCGAAAUUUAAGGAGUAAUUGAAUAAAAUUAUUUAUUGAGG